UUUAUGUGUGUGGCAAGAGGACGAGGGGCUUUGUGAUGAAGAGAAGGGGUGGCCUGGUUACGUGGGUGCUGGAUCAAAGAUACGUAGUAAAGAGACGACUGUUCUAUUAUGCUGCGGAGAAGUCAAUGGGUGCACGGAGAUGUUGGGUGGUCGCUAAGGAGACGUCGGUGCCACGGUCUGUGCUGCUGCUGCCUCUUGUCCCAGCGCCUGCAAUCUCCAUCACAUCGCCAAAUGGAGGAGCAAAUCGUUGACGGCGACGCUUUUUUUCUUGACGGGGAGAGGAGCGGGGCGAGGACAGGGGGAAAAGGAGCAUUACGUAAUAAAACCAGGGGAAUUACGCAACGCGGUGGAUCAGUAGCAGCCCGGAUUGGUCUGUGUCUAGUAUUCAACAAGAUAUAUAGAUAUUAUGAUGAUAUAUAGAGUUAAUAGUAAGAGAGGGAGAUAUACAAUCACGUCGUAGAAAAUUCAAACGGAAACACUUAAGCUCUCUUGGCAGCGUCGGCUGGAGAGACUCUCUUGGCGUUUUGGUUGAAUCUUUGUCUGACAGGAGGAGCUCUGACCUUUCUGUUGGUUCUGGAUCUGACUCUGACGAUUCUAGAGUGGAUGGCACAGGAGACACA